GCACCCUCUUGUACAGCUACCCGGUGGAGCAUGGCGGCCGCCAAGGUGACUUCGACCAAGAGGGCGGAUCCGAACGAGCUGAGGACGGUGUUCCUAAAGUACGCGAGCAUCGAGAAAGAUGGCGAGUUUUUCAUGUCUCCGGAGGACUUUAUCUGCCGGUUCCUGAACGUUUUUGGAGGCUGUCAGCCCACCGCGGAGUCUUUGCAGCUCCUGGGAGGGGUGGUGGACCAGACCAAGGACGGGCUAAUCAACUUCCAGGAGUUUAUAGCAUUUGAGUCUGUCCUGUGCGCCCCGGACGCCACAUUCGUGGUGGCCUUCCAGCUGUUUGACAAAGCCGGAGCGGGAGAAGUGACCUUCGAGGACGUCAAGCAGGUCUUGGAGAAGACGGCGGCUCACCAGCACAUCCCCUUCGACUGGAACUCCGAGUUUAUCCACCUUCACUUUGGGAAGAAGCGGAAGCGGCGGCUCACUUACUCCGAGUUCACUCAGUUCUUAGUGGAGAUGCAGCUGGAACACGCCCGGCAGGCCUUCAUGCAGCGCGACAAGGCCCACGUGGGACGCGUCUCGGCCACAGACUUCCGCGACAUCCUGGUCACCAUCCGCCCACAUGUGUUGUCGCCCUUCGUGGAAGAGAGCCUGCUGGCGGUCGGAGGCGCCACCUCCCACCAGGUGAGCUUCUCCUACUUCAACGGCUUCAAUUCUCUCCUCACCAACACGGAGACCAUGAAAAGGAUCUACCACAUGCUGGCCGGGCCCAGCAAAGACGUCGAAGUCACCAAGGAGGAGUUUGCUUUGGCGGCACAGAAGUUUGGGCAGGUUACUCCCAUGGAAGUGAACAUCCUUUUUCAGCUGGCCGACCUCCACGAGCCACGAGGACGCCUGACGUUGGCUGACAUCGAGAGGGUCGCUCCUGUUGUCGAGGAGUCCCUGCCCUCCAGGCUGACCGAAGCCCAGAAGCAGAGGAUUUUGGGGAGGUCCCAUCGCCCCUUUUACCUCCAGGUAGCCGAGUCUGCUUACAGGUUUGCCCUGGGGUCCGUUGCCGGAGCGGUGGGAGCCACCGCCGUGUACCCCAUCGACCUGGUGAAGACCAGGAUGCAGAACCAGCGGUCCACGGGCUCCUUGGUGGGAGAGCUGAUGUACAAGAACAGCUUCGACUGCUUCAAGAAGGUGCUGCGCUACGAAGGCUUCUUUGGGCUCUACCGAGGUCUGCUGCCACAGUUGUUGGGGGUCGCCCCGGAGAAGGCCAUAAAACUCACGGUCAAUGAUUUCGUCCGAGACAAGUUCCAGCGCCAGGACGGCUCCAUCCCCCUGGCAGCGGAGAUCCUGGCCGGCGGCUGCGCCGGAGGCUCCCAGGUGAUUUUCACCAACCCUUUGGAGAUCGUGAAGAUCCGCUUACAGGUGGCCGGAGAGAUCACCACAGGCCCCCGCGUCAGCGCUUUGUCCGUGCUCCGAGACCUGGGCUUCUUCGGGAUCUACAAGGGGGCCAAAGCGUGCUUCCUCCGCGACAUCCCCUUCUCCGCCAUCUACUUCCCCUGCUACGCGCACCUGAAGGCGAGCUUCACCAAGGAGGACGGGCGCAUCAGCCCCGGCAGCCUCCUCCUCGCGGGGGCCAUCGCCGGUGUGCCGGCCGCCUCGCUGGUGACUCCGGCCGACGUGAUCAAGACCCGGCUGCAGGUGGCGGCCAGGACCGGCCAGACCACGUACAGCGGCGUGCUGGACUGCUUCUACAAGAUCGUCCGCGAGGAGGGCCAGAGGGCCCUGUGGAAGGGCACAGGGGCCCGGAUGUUCCGCUCGUCCCCCCAGUUCGGGGUGACGCUGCUGACCUACGAGCUCCUGCAGCGCUGGUUCUCCGUGGAUUUUGGGGGCGAAAAAGCCCCAGAACCGGAGCCCGUGGCGCUCCCGGGGCCCAGCCAGCCCGGGCCCAACCCCGACCACAUCGGGGGCUACAGCUUGGCGGCGACCAUGUUUGCUGGGAUCGAAAACAAGUUCGGCCUUUACCUGCCUCGGUUCAAGCCGGCCCUCCCCGGCCCCUGCGCCCUGGACGAGCCUUAGGGUCCGGGCUUCGGGGGAGCCGGGGAGCCCGAGCAGGCCCGGAGCCGGCCCCCCUCCUGUCUCCUUCCAGUCUCCGUUGAGGGUUUUAU